AUGAACAUCGAAGUGCCCAAAAAAGUGUUUUCGAAGGAGGAGAUCAACCGUUGCUAUAUCAGGUGGCAACAAUUAAGAAAAGAACAUGGGGAAAAUGCACCUAGUGUCCCAGAAUUUGAGUUUCUGACCAAAACCUUGCAAGUUGCUGCAUUGCAACAGAAACAGAAGCAACAGCAGCAACAACAACAGCAACAACAGCAGCAACAACAACAGAACUACAAAGGUAGUACCAAACACGUUGAUACCAAUACGGUUGUUCAGAAUGAGGUCGCUAAUAAUCCGUCGCCGAAAAAUAACGCUACCGAAAUUGACCCUUCUCGCUCUCCACAUAAUAAUCCAUCGAUGUCACUUAAUACAAUGAGAGCGGUCUCAAGCGACCAAGCAUCUGCAAGUGUAACGCAGACAACGAUUGCCAAUCAAAAUAACAUUCCAAAUAUUAAUCCCAUGACUAAUCCUGUCAACAACUCAACAGUCCAGAGCAGUUCAAAUGGUACUUUCCAAGCUAAUGCAAAAGGACCCUCAUCGGUAAAAACGAGCAUAAACGGUAAUACACAGCCUGUAAACGAAAGAAUGCCUUUAUCAGGUCAAAACAAUCCAAAUCAUCCUCCCAACAUAUUUACUCCUGCACAGUCAAACCUUUUGAAAGCUCAGAUACAAGCUCUGAAGAACCUUGUAAGUGAACAAACUGUGGACCAAUCGUACCAGAUGGUUAUUCAACAGUCAAUCAGUCAUCCCCCAGAUUUUAGGAAAAUGUUGACCCGUCUAAGCGAGUAUGUCAGGGCAAAACAAGCCCAUGGCCAGAAUAACUUACCAAAGCAGCAACCGAAUAGUGACGUGCCACCAAAGAACAGUAAUUUAACCGCUAAUGUACCCACAGGUGCCCAGCCUCCGGCAGAGAACAGUAACGUCAGCGCAUCCACUAUACCUGAGGAGAAGCAUCCCAGUGUGCCUCCAACUCUAGCAUCUGCAGUCUCUCCAAAGACUGUAACAGAACCCACAUCUAAUCCACACUUGCCAAUAAGCUCAGACCCUGGAGUUGAAAGUACUGAAACGAAGUUGUCAAGUGAAAACGCUCACCCGGUACAAACGAGGGGGGACAUCGCAUCUGAACCACCGAAACAAGGACCACCUGUGCUACUAGAAGACUUCAAAAAGUUACAUCCAGGUCUAGGAAAUGUUUUAGAAGUAACUAACCCCAACAUGAUGGUUGACUCGUUUACUGCUGAAUUUUUAGAGGGAUCCGAAGUACCUUAUACUUCACUGUUCCCUUCCUUCAACAAUCCAAAAUCGUUCAUUGAGCCAGGUGUACUACCGGAUGGAAUUGAUAUCCACACGGCAACAGAGAUUUAUCAAACACUGGUUGCUUUGAAUAUCGAUACAUCAGUCGACGAGUGCUUAUCAGAGCUCCUGGAUGAGAAAGUAGAUUCAGAAGCCAAGAAGAACGCUUUGGCAGACUAUUGUGCAUUACAACUACUUCCUUUACAGAAAGCUGUGAGAGGCCACGUACUGCAAUUUGAAUGGUACCAAAAUUCACUGCUGGCCAACACACAUCCCAAUUUUCUCUCCAAGAUAAGAAACAUUAAUACACAAGAUACAAUUUUGACAAACGAACUGUACAGGAAACAUGAGUAUCUGCAGCACGAAAAGAAGAAGACUGAAAGGUAUGCGAGGAUAAAGUCAAUAUUACGGCUUUCUACAAAGAGAUACCACGAAAGGUCAGAUACCAAAAAUAGAAAGAUGAAACUUGGUCAUAAACUGUUCAAUCUACACGGUACAUUAGAAAAGGAUGAACAAAAGAGACAGGAAAGGAAGGCGAAGGAGCGUUUGCAAGCAUUGAAGGCUAACGACGAAGAGGCAUAUAUUAAGCUUCUAGACCAGACCAAGGAUACGAGAAUUACACACUUGCUGAAACAGACUAAUGCCUUCCUGGACUCCUUGACGAAAGCAGUCAAGGAUCAACAAAAGUUUACUAAAGGAAUGAUCGAGUCCCAUUUACAGAAGGAAACAGACGAGGAGGCCCCACGGUCAGUGAUCACAGGAUCAUCCGUUGAGGAUAGUGACGACGAUAGACAGAACAUCGAUUACUAUAAUGUGGCCCACAAAAUCAAAGAGGUCGUGAAACAACAGCCUUCUAUUUUAAUUGGCGGUCAAUUGAAGGAAUAUCAGGUGAAGGGCCUGCAAUGGAUGGUCUCACUGUUCAAUAACCAUCUAAAUGGUAUCCUUGCGGACGAAAUGGGUCUUGGUAAGACUAUUCAAACGAUAUCUCUGCUGACCUAUCUGUAUGAAUACAAGAAUGUUCAUGGCCCCUUUUUGGUGAUCGUUCCGUUAUCGACUUUAUCGAACUGGAGUAACGAAUUCACCAAGUGGGCCCCCGUUUUACGUGCAAUCUCUUUUAAGGGUUCGCCCCAAGAGAGAAAGGCCAAGCAGCUUCAAAUCAAAGCCGGUAAUUUUGACGUGGUUUUAACUACGUUCGAAUACGUUAUUAAGGAAAAGGCCCUUUUGUCUAAAGUAAAAUGGGUUCACAUGAUCAUCGACGAAGGACAUAGAAUGAAAAACGCACAGUCCAAACUAUCCUUGACGCUCAAUACGUACUAUCAUUCUGAUUAUCGAUUGAUUUUAACUGGUACACCAUUACAAAAUAACCUACCGGAACUAUGGGCGUUGCUAAACUUUGUACUUCCCAAAAUUUUCAAUUCGGUGAAGUCUUUCGAUGAGUGGUUCAAUACUCCUUUUGCAAAUACAGGCGGUCAGGAUAAGAUAGAGUUAAGCGAAGAAGAAACGUUAUUAGUUAUCAGAAGAUUGCACAAAGUUCUUCGUCCAUUUCUGUUGCGUCGUUUGAAAAAGGACGUCGAGAAAGAAUUGCCGGAUAAAGUGGAAAGAGUCAUCAAGUGUAAAAUGAGUGCACUGCAACAAAUCAUGUACCAGCAAAUGUUGAAAUACCGCAGACUCUACAUAGGUGAUCACACGAAUAAGAAGAUGGUCGGUUUGCGUGGGUUCAAUAAUCAAUUGAUGCAAUUAAAAAAAAUCUGUAAUCACCCGUUUGUUUUUGAGGAAGUCGAAGACCAAAUCAAUCCAAAUAGGGAAACAAACACAAAUAUCUGGCGUGUUGCCGGUAAAUUUGAACUAUUGGAAAGGGUGCUGCCCAAACUGAAGGCUACAGGACAUCGGGUAUUGAUCUUCUUCCAAAUGACACAAAUUAUGGAUAUUAUGGAAGACUUUCUGAGGUUUAUGGAUAUCAAAUAUCUGAGACUGGAUGGGCACACAAAAUCUGAUGAGCGUAGUUUGUUGCUAAAGCUUUUCAACGACCCAUCAUCUGAGUAUUUCUGUUUUAUCCUUUCUACCAGAGCUGGUGGGCUGGGCUUAAAUUUACAAACCGCCGAUACUGUCAUCAUUUUCGACACAGAUUGGAAUCCGCAUCAAGAUUUGCAAGCACAGGAUAGAGCACAUCGUAUUGGGCAGAAAAAUGAAGUUAGAAUUCUAAGACUGAUCACCGAGCAUUCUGUUGAGGAGGCAGUGCUAGAAAAAGCGCAUAGCAAACUGGAUAUUGACGGUAAGGUUAUUCAGGCGGGUAAGUUUGAUAACAAGUCCACUGCUGAGGAACAGGAAGCACUGUUAAGAUCGCUUCUUGAAGCUGAAGAAGAUCGUAAGAAAAAGCGUGAACUCGGGAUAGAGGAGGACGAUGAGUUUGACGAUAACGAACUUAAUGAGUUACUCGCCAGAGACGAUCGUGAAAUUGCUGUUUUCACUGGAUUAGACAACGAGCGUGCUAUGAAAGACGCUGAACAAGGACUGAAAACCAGACUGCUAGACAAGAGUGAACUACCAGAGGUGUAUUACGAUGAAAUUCCGCCAGAAGAGAAUCGUGACACUGAAGCUGCUGCUAUGGCUACAGGUGCACGUGUCGCAAGAGAAAGGAAACAGACGAUGUACUCCGACAGUGUUACAGAGGAACAGUGGUUGAAACAGUUUGAGGUCAGCGAUGAGGAUGACAACGGGAAUGAUGACGACGAUGAUGAAUACAGCAAGAAACGGAAGGCUCCAAGGGCCCGUGGUAGACCAAAGAAAGUGAAACUGGACGAACAUGGAGAGGAUGAAAACGUUCCCGAGACGCCGUUAACUGUAGCAGGGACGCCAAACGAGCCUUCCAUUGAAGAGAACUCGCCAACCACAAUCAUGCCGACUAUAGUCGAGCCUCAACUUCCACGCACUGCAGGUAAAAAAUCCAUUAAAUCCGCUCGAAGCUCGAUGAGAGGGCGUGGUAGAGGGAGAGGACGCGGUAGAGUGAAAUCCACACGCGGUAGGGGUCGGCCUCCAAAACCCAAAUAUGGAUUGAUCUAUUCACGAGAGCCGUCUUCAGCAACUGCGUCAUUUGAACAGAGGGAAGCUACAGCCAAGCAAGCGAAAAUCAUAUUUGAUUACGUCCUGAACUACAAGGAUGCCGAUGGCAGGAGCCUCUUCGACAUUUUUAUGGAAAAGCCAUCCCAGCUGCUGUACCCUGAGUAUUAUCAGUUGAUCAAGUAUCCCAUCGGGCUUGACACCAUCAAACACCAUAUCGAUACUCUUGUCUAUAAUUCGUUACGGGAGGUGAUUGAGGACUUUCAUUUGCUGUUUGGAAAUGCAAGAGCGUACAACACUGAAGACUCGAUCAUUUACAGAGAUGCCACAGAGCUGUACGAGGCUGUUAUUCAGAAAUACAAGGAACUAGCAAGCGACUUGGAGCCUUUAGAUUUCACUUUGUUUGACGAAACUUAUGGAACAGCUCCAUUAGCAGUUCCCACGCCGCAAGUAACAGUGGCCAAUGAAUCAGAACCCGCCAUUUCUACUUCACUGGUAACUGCCGCAAGUGAUUCUGACCAUACCGUCCCUGAAGGCGGGGACGAAGAUGGCAAGCCACAGAAUGGCGCUAUGUAA